AUGGCUCGGACCAGGGACUCGCGCUCACCAUCGCCUGCAGGAAGCCAAUACGCGAGACGCCGCAAAGACGAUGAUAGAAGGGACCGCCGCGAUGAUGGAGGCAGAGACUUUCGUCGUCGCUCGCGGUCCAGGAGCCCUGGCGAUGUGAGAAGAUACCGCAGAGAACGAGAAAGGGCCGACUCUGACAGGUGCCAACAGCGACGAUACCGAGAUCGCGAGCGCGAUCGCGACUCUCACCGCCGAAGAGAGCGUUCCAUAGACCGAAGAGACGACGACUCGUACCGCGGAGGCCGACGAAAUGACGAUCGCCAUAGAGAUAGCCGAAGGAGGUCUCGCGAUAGACUCGCCGACAGAGACCGAUCUCUCGAUAGACGGCGGCAUCGCGAAGCCGAUAGGGACCAUCGUCCGAGACGCGACGACUCUAGGGAUCGGGCUCGUGCGAAUCGAGAGGGAAAUACUGACUCCCGUCCCCGUAGCAGGCGCGAUGAAGGCGGUCCACGCGGCGCGGCGCCUCUAGAGAAAACCAGCACUCCUGGUAAUGAGGUGAGAUUGAUCACUAUACGUCUUGCAACAUCGAUCGCUAACUCGGAUUCUCAGGCUACUAAGCCCAAGCCCGCCCCAGCCCAGACUGAAGCUGACAAGAAGGCCGAACGACUCGCCAGGCUCGAGGCGUGGAAGAAGAACAGAGAGACCAAGGCCAAUAAAGAGAAUGAGGUUAAUCCAAGUCAGACUAGGAAUCUCCUCGCGGAGAUGGACAAGAAAUCCGUGCCGUCCCCGGCUCCCGCUUCACCAUCUGUCGCAUCGCCCGCUGUCGCAUCACCGGCGGCAUCACCGGCGCCAACGCUCAAUACUUCUGGGACCGCAUCACCGGCUUUGCCUUUCGCGGGCAAGUUCGACCCAAAGGCCAUUGCCAAAAAAUCGGCAGCUUCUCAUAAAAACGCCGGUACGAAUGGUGUUUUGGGGGCUCUGGAAGGCCGGCCCGAAAAGUCCACGGCACCUGUUGCACCGAUCACAAAAGGUACGCCACCACUCCCUUCUCGUGUAAACGCGCAAGGAACGACUAUGGACGGGACGCAUGCUCACGGAAUUGCAGCCUCGGCGCUUCCCGCCAACCGCAAUUUGAGUGCUUUCGGUUUUAGCAAAGCGACUGCCGAUAGCGAGAAGCUCGCAAACAAGCGCAAGCUCGAUCUCGACGAGGAGGAAGGGACGAAGAGGAAACUCACAAAGCUACCCGCACUUCCCCUCGAGGCUGAUGACACUCCCUACGCUGAUCAAGAUGAAGACGACGAGUCAGACGGUGGCAACUUUGCCGAAACGGAAGAAGAGGCUGCCGCAAUCGCCCGUGCUGCGCACGAACGACGCGAGAGAGAGCUGCAAGAGUCUCAAGAAGAGUCGAAGCCAGAUGUCGACAUGCAAGAUGCUGCACCAACGCAAAGUAAUGACCAGACCGAAGACCCUCCAGUCGCCGAUGGGAUGGAAGUCAUGGAGGCUGAAGAGGAUGACGUCGAUCCCUUGGACGCUUUCAUGGCCGAUUUGUCUGAUACCAAAGCCGCCCCAGGUCCCAAGGCAAGUACAUCCACGAAGAAGGCCCAAGAGCCUGAGGCGUACUUCAGUGACGAUGAAUACGCAUUCAAGGCAGACGAUGGCCUCAGCGCCAAUGCAGCUCUUGCCAUGGCAGCUAAGCGCAAGAAGAAAGACAUUCCCACCGUGGACUACAGCAAGAUAGACCUACUGCCUAUACGCAAGGACUUUUGGGUCGAACCAGCAGAGCUUGCGGCCCUCAGUGAAGACGAGGUCACCGAACUUCGCGCGGAGCUUGAUGGCAUAAAAGUCUCGGGCAAAAACGUCCCGAAGCCGGUACAGAAAUGGGCUCAGUGCGGUCUGAAUGAGCGGACAUUAGACGUCAUCGCAGGCCUUGGCUAUGAAAAGCCGACGCCGAUCCAGAUGCAGUCCCUGCCCAUCCUUAUGUCGGGACGUGACGUUGUCGCUGUUGCCAGGACUGGAUCAGGUAAAACAAUGGCCUUCCUCCUUCCUAUGUUCCGUCAUAUCAUGGAUCAGCCGCCUAUCAGGGACACCGACGGCCCCAUUGGUCUCAUUAUGACGCCGACUCGUGAGCUGGCAGUCCAAAUCCAUCGCGACUGUAAACCCUUCUUGAAGGCGAUGGGUUUGCGUGCUGUCUGUGCCUAUGGUGGGGCUCCCAUCAGAGAUCAAAUCGCUGAGCUCAAGCGCGGUGCCGAAAUUGUCGUAUGCACCCCCGGCCGCAUGAUUGACCUGUUGGCUGCCAACCAGGGUCGUGUUACGAACGUGCGUCGUGUCACAUACGCUGUCCUCGACGAGGCCGAUCGCAUGUUCGACAUGGGAUUCGAGCCUCAAGUCAUGAAGAUCUUCGCAAACAUCCGGCCUGACCGGCAAACUAUUAUGUUCUCCGCGACCAUGCCUCGCAGCAUUGAUUCAUUAGCCAAGAAGGUGCUCAAGUCUCCGGUUGAGAUCACCGUAGGAGGUCGCAGUAUCGUGCCCGCAAACAUCACGCAGAUUGUUGAGGUUAUCCCUGAAACUGAAAAGUUUUACCACCUACUAGGACUACUUGGUGAGCUUUACGAAAAGGAUGAGGACGCCCGUACCCUGAUUUUCGUCGAACGUCAGGAGAAGGCCGAUGACCUUCUCAAGGAACUCAUGACCAAGGGAUACCCCUGCAUGUCCAUCCACGGUGGUAAAGACCAGGUGGACCGUGAUUCCACAAUUUCCGAUUUCAAGAAUGGCAUUGUGCCUAUCCUGGUUGCGACGUCCGUUGCGGCCCGAGGUCUGGACGUCAAGCAGCUCAAGUUGGUUGUAAACUACGACCCACCCUCUCAUCAUGAAGAUAUGGUGCACAGAUCUGGACGGACGGGAAGAGCAGGUAACACGGGAACCGCAGUGACGUACAUUUCUGAGGAACAGGAGAACUGCGCCACUGGUAUCGCAAAGGCUCUCGAGCAGAGUGGCGUUCCUGUUCCUAAGCGUCUAGAAGAGAUGCGCAAAGCCUGGAUUGAAAAGGUCAAGGCAGGCAAAGCCAAGGACAACUCUGGCUUUGGCGGAAAGGGUUUGGACCGACUUGACGCCGAGCGCGAAGCCGCUCGUCUGCGUGAGCGCAAGACUCACAAGGCUGAGGGCGAGGAAGACGAUGUCAAGGAGGAGAAGACUGAGGAUAAGGGCAAGUCGGCUGUUAUUGACAUCCAGUCGAAGGUUUCGGCUGUUGUGUCUCGUGCCGCCAACAAGCCCGAAGAGACCAAAGGCAAAGACGCACCCGCUGCUGGCGGCGCCGGAGGCAAGCCGGGACAGCCUCUCGACAUGGUCAGCGCAGCCAUCAGGAAUAUCAACGAGCGACUUGGCAAGGCUGGACAGCUUCGGUCAGGACAGCCUAUUGACAACAAGGGCCCUGACGCUGGCGCUUACCACGCCACCCUCGAGAUCAACGACUUCCCGCAAAAGGCCAGAUGGGCCGUCACGAACAGAACCAACGUGGCCAAGAUUUUGGAAGCUACUGGGGUGUCGAUUACGACAAAGGGAACCUUUUAUCCUGCUGGCAAGGAAGUUCCGGCCGGCGCGGACCCGAAGCUGUACAUUCUGGUCGAGGGUGACACCGAGGUUGUGGUUGGCGCUGCUAUGACCGAGCUUACCCGACUUCUCAGUGAGGGAACCGUCGCGGCGGCUACGGCCGAUAGCCGUGCUCCUGCAUCUGGACGUUAUAAUGUUGUGUAA